CUGAAUUCAAACUUCUUUCAAAAUGAUUACAUUAUUAGACUUCUACCAUGUCAUGACAGCCGUCGUGCCGCUCUACGUUGCUAUGAUACUAGCUUACGGUUCCGUCAAAUGGUGGAAGAUCUUCACCCCUGAUCAGUGCUCCGGUAUCAAUCGUUUCGUCGCUCUCUUCGCCGUUCCCCUUCUCUCCUUCCAUUUUAUCGCCUCCAACAAUCCCUACACUAUGAGCUUUCGGUUCAUUGCUGCCGAUACUCUCCAGAAAAUCAUCGUUCUGGUGGUGCUCGGCAUCUGGACAAAGGUGAGUCGGAGGGGUUGUUUGGAGUGGACAAUUACUCUGUUUUCACUUUCGACUCUGCCUAACACUCUGGUUAUGGGAAUUCCUUUGCUCAAAGGAAUGUAUGGCGAUUUUUCUGGCAGCUUAAUGGUUCAAAUUGUAGUUCUUCAAUGCAUAAUUUGGUACACUUUAAUGCUCUUCAUGUUCGAAUUCAGAGGAGCUAGGAACUUAAUCUCGGAGCAAUUUCCCGAUACAGCAGCAUCGAUCGUCUCGAUCCAUGUCGAAUCCGAUGUUGUUUCGCUUGAUGGUCGACAAGUACUGGAAACAGAGGCAGAGAUAAAAGAUGAUGGCAAACUUCACGUAACCGUUAGACGAUCAAACGCUUCUCGGUCAGAUAUUUUCUCACGUCGGUCGCAGGGGCUGUCGUCGGGGACUCCCCGGCCUUCGAAUCUCACCAACGCCGAGAUUUAUUCCCUGCAGUCAUCAAGAAACCCGACGCCGAGAGGGUCGAGUUUUAACCAUACUGAUUUUUACUCCAUGCGGCGGCGGAACUUAGGAGCAGCGUCAAGGGGGCCAACGCCACGACAGUCGAACUAUGAGGAGGAGCAUCACGGUGGAGGAGGUGGAAAGAGUGGAGCGAGAUACUAUUACCAUGGGAAUCCGGCGGGAGUGCCGCCGCAUUACCCUACACCGAACAUGGGAAUGUUUUCGCCGACGGGAUCAAGAAAUGUGGUGUCGAGUAAGAAAUCGACCACAAACGGGCAGGCAGGACAGUACAAGAUGGAUGAGAAUAGCAAUACCAACAAUAAAGAUCUUCAUAUGUUUGUUUGGAGUUCAAGUGCUUCUCCUGUUUCUGAUGUGUUUGGAAGCCAUGAUUAUGCAGCUCCCCAUGAUCACAAAGAUGUUAAAUUGAAUGUUUCUCCAGGAAAAGUGGAGGUCGGAGCAAGACAGAACCAAAGAGAAGAUGUAGAGCGAGAAGAGUUCAGCUUUGGAAAUAGAGGGAUGAACAGCAGCAGCAACAACUGCCAAGAAAUAGAAGGAGAAAAAGGAGGAAAAACGAAGACAAUGCCACCAGCAAGUGUAAUGACAAGGCUUAUUUUGAUCAUGGUUUGGAGAAAACUCAUAAGAAACCCCAAUACUUACUCAAGCUUGGUUGGCCUCACUUGGUCCCUUGUUUCUUUUAGGUGGCAUGUUGAAAUGCCUGCUAUUGUGGCGCAAUCCAUUUCCAUUCUUUCCGAUGCCGGACUCGGCAUGGCCAUGUUUAGUCUUGGUUUGUUCAUGGCUUUGCAACCAAGGAUUAUAGCAUGUGGAAAUUCCAUAGCAACUUUUGCCAUGGCUAUUAGAUUCCUCACUGGCCCUGCUGUCAUGGCAGCUGCUUCAAUUGCUGUUGGCCUCAGGGGUGUACUCUUACACGUUGCCAUAGUUCAGGCAGCUCUUCCUCAAGGGAUCGUACCGUUUGUGUUUGCAAAAGAGUACAAUGUGCACCCAGAUAUUUUGAGCACCGCAGUGAUAUUCGGGAUGCUGAUUGCACUCCCAAUAACAUUGGUUUACUACAUUUUGUUGGGAUUAUGAAAAGUUUAUUUGCUUAGGCAUUAUCAAAGAUCGAAGAAUUCAUUUACAAAAAGCAUAUGGAGAAAAAAAGGGGAAGAACCAGAGAGCAUUGAACAAGAACUGAUAACAACAUUAUUAUUUCUUAUUAACCCAAAGGGAAAGAAAAUGGGAAGAGAUUAAGAACAGAAAGGUUUGAGGUUUUCUUUUUCCUUUUCUUUUUUUUCCACAUGAAAUUUGUAAAAUCAUGUACCCAAAUUGUUUUGCAUAAAUGUAUCUUUCCUUUCGUUUC